AUUUCUUUCCAUUGUUCCUUAAUAUAUAGUCCCAGAAAAUGUCCCGUUCUUACAUAGAUUUUCAGCCUGAUUGCCAAUACAAAGAAGGAGAAGCUCAAGACAUUAUUGAGUUUCAACUCAAAGAUUUCAGAAAAGACCAGCUGAAAGUUCACUUCGGCAAUAACGGAGUCCUAACCAUUUCCGGCGAACGCCCCCUCGAAGGAAGUAAAUGGAUCCGAUUCUGCAAGGAAUUCGCCACUCCUAAAGACUGCAAACCAACUGAAAUCCGAGCAAGGUUCAGUACCAGUCUUUAUAUAACAAUACCGAAGGAAAUCACUCCUUUGCAAGUGGCAACAACGGUGGUUCAAGGCAAAGGGAAACUAGAACAAGAGAGAAGCAUUCGCCAAAGCGGAGAUGUUGCCGGCGAGAGUGUUACAGGUAUAUCGAAAAUGGCUCGCCACGAAUGGUCUAUUUCAAGGCUCAAGAUAGAUGGGAAAACAGCAAUGAAGAUUGGGGCAAGUUUGAUAGUGGCUGCAAUGCCGUUCAUUGUGUUAUUUCAUGUGUUCAAGUUUAAGAUCCCAUGAUUAU